AUAGUUGAGAGUAGGGGUUCUUUCUUAUGUGUUAUCCUGAGCCUGUUUGCACCUAAUUACUUAAAAACCCUAAGACCAUAACCUUCGUUCUGUAUCCCUCCAUCUUCUUCAGCUUUGAUCUUAAUGUGGGAGCAUCAUUUAACUUAUCAUCGAUUAAAGGGUAAAGGAUGACUGGAGAAUGUGGUGAUGUGGAUGUCCCUUCUGCAUCUAAUACGCAAUGGUCGCUAGAUUCUACUAUUGACCCAAAUAUGUAUACGUGUAUGUAUGUGACGAGACUGUUCGUCAUUGACGAUGAGUUGAAAUCUAAAAUGACGAGAAAUUUCAUCAACUCAUUCAGCAAUGACAAGACAGGAGAGAGUUUAUUCGAUGAAAUCAAUAAGAAUGUCCAGGACUUAAGGAAGUUCGACACCAGUGGUGAUUGGUAUUUUGAAGAUGGUUCUUUGGCCAAUAUGCUUUUCUUGGAUGGAUGUGCAAUUUUACAAUUCAUACAUAGCUAUCUUCAUAAGAAAUUAGAAGAUUUUAAAAUUGGUAUUGUCAAAAGAAGAGAGAUCCGAGAUAGAUUGUUUGCAAGAGAAUAUUGUCAAAUCCCUUUCCGAGUCCUUGAGUUGUUGGUGAACUUGAGCAAUGACCCAGACAAACUGAAAAUAGAUAUUGUCAAAUUCAUUCACAUCAACAAUAUCACCAAGAAUAAUACGACGCCAAUUAUAUGCCCCAGCAACUGUCUCAGACAAUGGAAUGACAUUGUUCAAAUAAAAAUUCAAGAUCGACGUGUUGACCUCCUCCACCUUCUCCACUCGCUAAUCACAUCUGUCGAUGGCAAUAUUGUCUGUACCAACAACAGUAGAAAAAAUGAAGAAAAUAUUCAUGGAAAUAUUUUAUGUGUCCCUUGUUUUUUCCGACAAAGACCAAAACCAGAUGAUACCAUACGCGUAGCAACAGGGUAUGAUAUUACUAAUAACAAUGGGUUUUUUCGCAAUGUCCAGGAACUUAAAUCAGCAGGGAUAGAGUUUAAGCCCAGUGGUCGUAGCUUGACAGACAUAUCUUUUAGUGGUAAGUGUUUUAACCUCAAAGGGCAUCUUAAACUUCCUCCAUUAAUUGUGGAUGAAAAGACAAAGUUUAUGCUAAAGGAACUUCUCGAAUACGAGAGGGGCAUUGAUGAUAAACGGUAUGUGAUUACUUCUUACGUAAAAUUUAUGGAUAUUCUCAUCGAUAAUGAACAAGAUGUUAAGGAGCUAAGAGCAUCAAGAGUACUUCAAAACCGUCUCAGUAGUGAUAAAGAUGUGGCUGAUUGGUUUAAUACAUUGGGCUCGGGACUCGAUGAGCCACCAGUAAACUAUUAUUCGGAUGUCAAGAUUAAGAUACAAACUCAUUGCGAGAGACGGUGUGCCAUUUGGAUGAGCCAAGUCUAUCAACAAUAUUUUAGUAACCCAUGGGCUAUCAUAGGUCUCAUAGCAGCUAUAAUGGUGCUUUCUUUAACUGCCGUUCAAACUUGGUACGCUAUCAAUCCCAAAAAGUGAUAGCUAGCUACCUACCAUGGUCAACGGUUUGUUCUACUUAAUCUAUUGUUAUGGGGUUAUUUGGCUUUUGCGUGCACUACAAAUAUUUUAUGUUGGGGAAGAUUGAGUUGUUUGCGAAAUUACGUUGCUUUACUUGUGUUGUGAUUUCAUUGUGUUUGUCUAUUGUAAUAUUGUUUUUUUGUAUUAGUUUGAUUCACUGGUGUGAAUGUUAUGUUAAGACAGCUAUUAUUGUGUGAAUAUAAUGUAUCACUAUAAGAUAAUAAAUUGGAUAUUUUGGUCCUUGACAUGACAAAAAUA